UCAAAAUAUGAAUAAAAUGUAGUUCAUUUUUUACAUUUCAAAAUUUUGGUUUGGUUUUUCUAAAUUUCCAGUGUAUUUCAACAUGUAAAAAUAGUUAAUAUCCUCAAUGCACGAAGUAGAACUCAUAGAAUAAAGAAUAAUUACAAAAAUGUCUGUUUCAUACUGAAAGUGAGUCUGGAUGAAAGGCAAAGCACUUUCCAAAUUCUGGAUCAAUAUCUUGUAGAGUCGACGUACAUGCAACGUUGGUUGAACGUAUAAAAGGUUAUAAUCUUUUAAAGAUAAAAAUUUCAGUAAUUUGGAGAAUUAAAAGUAGAAAAUCAUGUGGUCAAGAUGUGCUAGAAGCACUACAAUCACUAACAAGAAGAAUCAAGAGAAAAAAGUGAAUUUUUCGUCCAGUGUUCCUUUUCCUGGAGAACCAUCAGAACCAUGUAUGAAGACUCCGGUACCUGGUCCUAACACCAAAAAACUUUUAAGUGAAUUAAGCAAAUUACAGCAAGCUGGAUCGACUCAGAUAUUCGUAAAUUACGAUAAAUCAAUUGGAAAUUAUAUUGUGGAUGCAGAUGAUAACGUUUACCUAGAUGCAUUUACUCAAAUAUCGUCCAUACCUCUAGGAUAUAACCAUCCAGAUCUCUUAAAACUAUUUGAAGAUGAACAUAACUUGAAAAGUUUAAUCAAUCGUCCAGCUCUAGGCGUAUUUCCAGGUGAUGACUGGCCCUCAAAACUAUGUAAUAUUGUAUCCUUAGUAGCUCCAAAAGGCCUAGACCAUAUCAACACGAUGAUGUGUGGAGCAUGUGCUAACGAAAAUGCUUAUAAACAUGCAUUUAUGGCUUACAGAAGGAAAAUGAGAGGAAAUGAUAACUUUAGUGUCGAAGAACAAACUUCUUGUGGUCUCAAUAGUCCACCAGGUUCACCACGAUUAGCAAUAAUGUCCUUCCUGCACGCAUUUCACGGCAGGACAAUGGGAACGCUAUCCACAACCAGGUCAAAAUACAUCCAGAAAAUCGACAUUCCAGCGUUCGAUUGGCCAGCAGCUCCAUUUCCAGCAUAUAAGUAUCCAUUGGAAGAGAACGAAGCUUGCAACAAAGAGGAAGAUUCGAAAUGUUUGGCAGUAGUCGAGGAUCUUAUGGAAAAAUGGACUAAGAAAGAUAUUCCUGUAGCUGGGGUUAUUGUGGAACCAGUCCAAUCAGAAGGAGGUGACAACCAUGCUUCAGCUGAUUUCUUCAAACAACUUCAAAAUAUAUGCAAGAAAAACAAUGCUGCAUUUAUAUUGGAUGAAGUCCAAACAGGUGGUGGACCCACAGGGAAAUUCUGGUGUCACGAGUAUUUCGAUUUGGAAACGCCCCCUGAUAUUGUAACUUUUAGUAAGAAAUUGCAGUUAGGAGGAUACUUUUUCACAGAAGAUAUGAAACCUCAACAGCCUUAUAGAACGUUCAACACUUGGAUGGGUGACCCCAGCAAAGUAAUCAUGCUCGAAAGCAUCCUCAACAUAAUAAAAAGGGACGAUCUAUUGCAAUUGGUUCGCGAUACUGGGGAUUACAUGAAAUGUCAGUUGGGCGAGUUGGAAAAGGAAUUUUGUCCAUUAGUUCAUUCCACUAGGGGAAGAGGUACAUUCUUGGCUAUCACCGCUCAAACUCCGGAAAUCAGGGAUGAUAUUAUUAACAGAUUGAGAACAAAAGGUGUUAUAAGUGGUGGGUCUCAUCCUCAAACUCUCCGUCUACGAACUUCACUCACUUUUACUAAGAAACACGCCGAUAUAUUUUUGGACAAGUUAAGAGAAGUACUCAAAGAAAUAAAGAAGUAAAUACGGUCUACUAUUUGUAUACCAAAGAAAAAUCUAUGUCUUCCAUAUAUCACUCUUUGUGACUGUCCCCGUGAUAACUGUUAAUUUAAGUAACUUAAAUAUACUUAUAUGAUCAAUUUACAAAAAUGUUUCAGAAUAAAGUCAAUUUUGUCUAACUGUA